CAACUUGAUCUCUCAUGGACUGAAUUAGAAGAGUUGCCAAAAGAGUUAAAGGCUUUGGUUAAUCUUAAAUGUUUGAACUUGGAGUUCACCAAUCAUCUUCGUACGAUUCCGCGUAAAUUGAUAUCUGAGUUUUCAAUGUUACGCGUAUUGAGUAUGUUCUAUUGUGGAGAUAGCAUUUUGUUUGGUGGAAAUGAAUUUUUGGUGGAGGAAUUGCUUUGUUUGGAAGUUUUGAAUGUGUUAAGCAUUGACUUAGGGACUAACUCUGCACUCCAAAAAUUUUUUAGCUCUCGUAAGUUACAUAACUUGAUCGACUCUCUGAGGCUUCAUCGUUUAGAGAAUAUUAAGUCCCUUGAUGUUUAUUCUUUGGCAACUAUGAAGCAUCUCGAUACUCUAGCCAUUUCACAUUGUGAAGAUUUGGAAGAGGUGAAGAUUGACUUUUUAUGUAACGUCCAAGAGAUACGAGAGCCUCAUGGUUUUCAAAACCUCAGGACAGUAGUUGUAGAGGGUUGCAUUAAAUUGAGGGACUUGACGUGGCUUAUUCUUGCUCCCAAUCUCAGGUUUUUGUAUGUUUAUGAUUGCUCUGAUAUGGAAGAAAUAAUCGAUAUCUCAAAGUUUGGUGAAGUUGAAAAGAUAAUGGGAAACUUGAACCCAUUUGCAAAAGUCAAUCGGUUUAGACUACAAAGCCUGCCAAAAUUGAAGAGCAUCCACCGGAAUGCCUUGUCUUUCCCACUUCUGCAGGAAAUGGAGAUAGCUGGAUGUCCACUACUUAAGAAGCUUCCACUUGAUUCCAGUCGCGCAAUCACGAACAAACCUGAAUUUGUUAUCAGAGGAAAAAAACAUUGGUGGGAAGAGUUAGAAUGGGAGGAUGUAGCUACUCAAAACAUUUUUCUACCAUUUUUCCGGAUCAUUGACUUUUAACAGGCAUCAACAUGAAUGUGGAGAGGCUGAAGCAGAACUUAUUUGCUUUGUUUGACGGGAAGCUCGUUAGAUACUUCAAAUAUUAUCUGCUCAAGGGUCAAGAUUCAUUUAUUAACUGUAAUACCUCGUAUUUUAUAAGUUGUUUUAUUAAACUUUAUGUUGUAAUUUUUGGAGGUUAAAAUGUAAGAAUUUGAAAGUUUUUAGAAAAUAGAGUGUCAUAGCUAAAACAAUAGGGGAUUAAAGUGAAAUUUGUCAAGAUAUUUUUUGUGAAUUGAGCGUUUGACCCACCCUGUCAGGGUCCCGCAAACUAUUUUAACUCUGAUUAUG